AUGAGUAGGCCAAUGGAAGAAGAUGCCAACGGAAAGACUGAGGAGGAGGAGUUCAACACCGGGCCGCUUUCGGUUCUGAUGUUGAGCGUCAAGAAUAACACUCAGGUGUUGAUCAAUUGCCGGAACAACAGGAAACUUCUUGGGCGAGUGAGGGCGUUUGACAGACACUGCAACAUGGUUCUUGAAAAUGUCAGAGAGAUGUGGACUGAGGUUCCAAAAACUGGAAAAGGAAAGAAGAAGGCACUUCCGGUUAACAGGGAUCGGUUCAUAAGCAAGAUGUUUCUCCGAGGAGACUCAGUGAUCAUCGUCCUCAGGAACCCAAAGUGA